CAUCCCCGCAUCCAGCAGCCAUGGGGAAGAUCACCUUCUACGAGGACCGGGGCUUCCAGGGCCGCCACUACGAGUGCAGCAGCGACCACGCCAACCUGCAGCCUUACUUGGGCCGCUGCAACUCAGUGCGUGUGGACAGCGGCAGCUGGAUGAUCUAUGAGCAGCCCAACUACCUGGGCUGCCAGUACUUCCUGCGGCGCGGCGACUACCCCGACUACCAGCAGUGGAUGGGCCUCAACGACUCCGUUCGCUCCUGCCGCCUCAUCCCCCACGCUGGCUCUCACAGGAUCAGACUUUAUGAGAGGGAAGAUUACAGAGGCCAGAUGAUAGAGAUCACUGAGGACUGCUCCUCUCUUCAGGACCGCUUCCACUUCAAUGAGAUUUACUCUCUCAAUGUGCUGGAGGGCUCCUGGGUCCUCUAUGAGUUGCCCAGCUACCGGGGAAGGCAGUAUCUGCUGAGGCCGGGGGACCACAGGCGCUACCAUGACUGGGGGGCUGUGAAUGCUAAAGUGGGCUCCUUGAGGAGAGUCAUAGAUUUCUACUGAAAUAAGUGCAUCAUUUCUCAAUCUGGAAAGUAAUAAAAUAUUUUCUGUUUUCCUGGCAA